AUGGGUCAAACUUAUCUGAGAAGUUCUUUAUCGUCAUCUAGUGCAUCUCCUGAGCAAUUUGGAUUCACUCCUACCAAUCAUAAUCACUAUCGUCAUCAUUAUUCUAAUCAACCGUCAUCAUUCUUUCUUUCACCAAUAACAUCCAAUGAUUCUCAAGCAUCUACGCUAAAUUCAUUGAAUUCCACCUUGACUAACUCCAAUGAUAUAGAUCAUAAGCAUUCUGGUGAGAACUUUAGUCCAUUACUUUCUUUACCUAUUGAAAUUUUAUAUAAAAUUAUUGAGAUUGUUUAUUAUGAUGAUAAUACGAAUUCUAUUAAUUCGAGUUUAGAAAAAUUUUCUAAAACCGUUCCACUUUUAUCCAAAACUGUCAAUCAAUUAUCACUUCGGUUUUUAUAUAAAUAUGCCAUCUUUAAUAGACCGCAUUCAUUUGAUAAAUUUUUGAAUAAUUUAAAUUCUCAACCGGAAUUGGGGAAUUAUGUUGAAUUCAUGGAUUGGCAAACUUUCACUUCAAUUGGUCUUGGUAGAACCGGUCGUAUGAAUCAGGAGAUUCAAAUGGUUACUUCCAAUACAAUUACAAAAGCAUUAUCAUUAACCCCUAACUUGAUUGAAUUUUUGGCAAGUGAAAAUAUUCAAGAUGAUAUGGAUAUAAAUGUUUUAAAUAUGUUAUUUAAAAAUUUACCCAAGAUUCAAUCUCUUGAUUUCUGUGGUGCAAGUAGUGAAAAAUUUGCUAAUGCUUUUAUUGAAUUACAACUUGAUGAUCAAGAUGAAAAUCAAAUCGAUCAAGAUGAAUUAAUGAGCGAUGAUGAAAAUCAAAUCAUCAAUAAUAUUAAUAAGAACCCAACUAGCUUAUCAAAUUUAUUCAAAAUCUCAUUCCAUGAUUGUUCAAACUUACCUGCUUCAGUUUUUUCAAAAAUUUUACCUAGCUUUAAAAAUUUACGCCGAUUAGAUUUAACUCACACUUCAAUAACUUCAACUAUCCUUUUGGAAAAAGUUCCUUAUGAAUGUCGUUUAACCCAUUUAUCAUUAGCUCGUUGCUCAAAGUUGACUACUAAAGAUUUAAUCAAUUUUUUAACAAAUCAUCCUGCAGUUUCAAAUGAUUCUCUACAAUGGUUAAAUUUACAAAUUGAUCUGAAUGUUGUCAGUCCUCUUACUGAUGUUUAUCUAUUAUACACUUUGAAACAUUUAAAGGCUUCAAAUUUAAAAUAUUUAAAUAUUGGUGGGUUACCAAUUAAUAAUCGAAUUUUACAUAUCAUAAAAUCCAGAUUCCCCUUAUUAGAAAGUUUAACAAUUUCACAUUCCACUAAUCUUGAAGUAAAUGAUUUGAAUGAGUUCUUAAAGGAUAACAUUGUUUUAAAACAUUUUGAUUUCACCGGUUGUAAACAAAUUAAUCGUUGGAAACUAAUUAAUUUAUUAAAAACUAAUUUUGAUCUUAAUUUGAAAAGUUUGGAAUUCGAUUAUAAAACCUUAUAUGAAUUAACAACCGGUGACUAUAUCAAAAUAGAGCCUUUGCAACAAUCGUUCCUUGAACAAGCUCCUCCUCAAAUAUGGAAAUUCUACGAUAAUGAAGGUAGAAGAGCUUGGAUCUAUAAAUUAGAUGAAUCUAAUGAAGAAUAUAAAUCAAUCAUCUCUGGUAAUUCCAAGAAUAGGAAAAGCUUAGCAACUUCCAACUUGGUCUAUUAUGAUUUGGAAACUGGAGCCAAAAUUGAAACUAAAAUCGUUAAACCUGAUUUCUUAAAGUAUGCUUCAAGAAAAAUUAACUGUUCGAUUGGUUAUUAUAAUUUGAAUUUAGUUAAAAAGAAAACUUACUUGAAGAACGAAGUCUUGGAAAAUGUUUGGCCCGUCGAAUUCAGUCAAAGGGGAAUUUAUAACUACUACUCUUUGAAUAUUAAAUAA